UAUGUCAAAGUGAUCAAUGUCAAUUAGGUAACCUUUGAGACUAUGUCCAAAUAUGUGUUAUUGAAUCAUAUUCCUACAGGCCACGGGAGGCUAGUUAUUCAUCAGCCAAUAAGUUAAUAGGCACUAGAAAGUACUGCAGUUUGACUAUAGUAUAGUAAGUAAGUCUGCUGAAAAUAAUUGUAUAAAGGAUACCUACUUCGUGUUAUAGUUUGACUGAAAGACACACAACUAUAGCACGAAAAAUAAUAAUAAAAAAGUUGUAGUAAUAUUCUAUCAAUUAAUCAUAACCCUGCUUCGAUAAAUUAUCAGUAAAUAACGAUGUCACACGUGUUGACCGCUCAAGUUGCAAAGUGACACAACUGUGACGUUAGUCCCGAGCGCCGGUUCUAUUCUCGCUGACCGAUCAAUACAGUGUUAUCAACAUAGCUGUGUAGGUGUUUACAUGCGCGUAGUACACACAGAGCUCCGGUUGAAUGAGGUUGUCGCGAGUGAUAACGCUUCGCAGUACAAGUUAAUGGUGAUAUAAUUAAGGAAAUGUGAACAUAUCCCGCAGCGAAAUGCCGCUGCCUGAAAUAUUAAAACGAGCCUCUAGCUAUUUCCUCGGUUUGGAGUUCGACGAUAAUGAGGAACCUCCGGAUUACGUCGACAACGAAAUAUUGUUUUGCAAGAACAAUGUGUGUGUGCAUCCACCGACCGUAGCCAGGCACGAACUGGACAUAGUCCACCAUCCAGGUUACCUCACGGUCACUACCAAAGUGUUUACUGAUCAACAUAAUAACGCUAAGCGACCGACGCUUUUCUUGAACUGGAUUCCAAAUUCUACGCUGCGUAAAUGUCCUUCAGCUGUAGAAACCAGUCCAAGCGAUGAAUUGAUGUGCGCUGGCAAGCCGGCGAUUCCAAAGGAAAUACCCAAGGCGCGCAUUAAUACAAACACGGCAAAAGUUGAUGCUAACAACGAACACGCAUUUUCCGACUCCUCAGAAACUACUAGCAUUAAUUCGAACUCCGAUAAGCAGAGCAUAAAGUCUUCUGAUACGAGGUAUACGCACAACGAUGUGACGCAGGACGAGUUGUCCUCUAGCUCUAAGCCGACUGUGAAGUCCAUGGAUUCAGGGAAAGAUAAUGUUUUCAGUAGUUUUGAAAAGGAUGAGUCUAGAGACGAAGUGUUUGUAUACGACAAGCAUGUGCGAUCUCAGUCAAUGACGUCUGUAAACAUCACGAUCGCUAAUCCGACGAUAGAGAACGUCGACUUGACCCCUGACUCGGUGUCAGGAGACAAAUUUAUUAGGUCACUGUCAAUGAGCUCGUGUGACGAGGGCAACCCGAACUGGAUGAGUACCCCGGAGUUUUUGGCCCUUAAACACAAUUUAGUGUUUCCUGACAGUGUCCAUAGCUCGCCAGUACCGCAGAGGCGGGCGCCUUUAAAAUGUCGAAGGUUCUCAGUGGAUCUGAGCCAAAUGCGGUCGCUGCGGUUAUUCUUCAACGACGACAACUGCACGUGCGGUCAGCUAGUGGUGGCAUCGAGAGAAUCGCAGUACAAAAUACUGCACUUCCAUCAUGGAGGUUUGGACCAUCUGGCGCAGGUCCUCCAUCGAUGGCACUCCUUGCUGCACAACAUUAAACUCACUCCAGGCACAUUGUCCGCAGGUUCCGAAGAGCCGAAUCUCCCCUAUCGCCAUUUUAUGGUAUGCCGUCCAGAAGUUCAGAAAUCCGAACAACAUCCCGAAGAAGGGAAACUCCCUAAGAUAUCUCCAGAAUUGUUUUACGGGAAAAUUAUGAACGGGAAAGGGGUGAUCGAAGAUGAUCUCUUUUUGAGGAAAUGUGUAUUUUUUGGAGGUUUAGACAGGGAGCUUAGGAGGGAAGUCUGGCCGUUCCUUUUACACUGUUACCCGUACAAUUCAACUUAUGAUGAGAGGGAAAUAAUACUCCAGAUUCGGUCUCGAGAAUAUGAAGAAAUAACAAGAAGGAGACUGGAAAAGAUGACGCCCGAACAACAUGCAGUGUUUUGGAAGACGGUGCAGUGUGUCAUUGAGAAGGAUGUCGUCAGGACGGACAGAGGCAACCCUUUUUUCGCAGGCGAAAAUAAUUAUAAUGUAGAAAUUAUGAAGAAUAUUUUAUUAAAUUAUGCUGUCUACAAUCCUGUUUUAGGCUAUACGCAAGGAAUGAGUGAUCUCUUGGCUCCAGUGCUUUGCGAGAUCAAAUGCGAGGCGGAAGCUUUUUGGUGCUUCGUUGGUCUGAUGCAAAGGGCUAUAUUUGUAUGCACACCUACUGACAACGACAUGGAUAAUAACCUAAGCUACCUACGCGAAUUGAUUAGGAUAAUGUUGCCACAUUUUUACAAACAAUUGGAGAAACAUGUUGAUGCUAUGGAAUUGCUUUUCUGUCACCGUUGGAUAUUACUAUGCUUCAAACGGGAGUUCACCGAGGCAGUAGCGCUUCGCAUGUGGGAGGCCUGUUGGGCUAACUACCAGACGGACUACUUCCACCUGUUCUUAUGCUUGGCCAUCAUUGCUGUGUACGCCGAUGACGUCAUAGCCCAAGACCUCAAUACAGACGAGAUGUUGCUGCAUUUUAGCUCCUUAGCGAUGUACAUGGACGGCCGGCUCAUACUGCGCAAAGCGAGAGGUCUCCUCCAUCAGUUCCGUCAACUGGUCCGGAUCCCCUGCACCCUCGUCGGCAUGUGCCAGCGAUGUGGACCAGGGAUAUGGGACUCGACCCACAGGCCCAGCGUCGAAUGCACCGGAGCCCACGACUUCUGCAAGUACGCGGUACAAUAAUGGGGAAAGUAUCUUCAGUUUAUGUGAGCAGAAAUAAUGCUUCAAGAAAUUUGGUUUUCGAAGUGCUGGUAUUAUAUUCGGAUGCGUUUAUGAGGAAAACAAAUAUCUCUGGUAAAACAUGGGUAGAUAUAGCAUCUACCUAUAGAUAGAUCUAGGAUAGGUUAUUUAUUUUGAUUGCAAAUGAAAGGGAUACUGGUGACCUGCUACCACCGCUUGAUGUAAGCUUGUGCAACUGUGGAAGCGAAACGGAGCACUAAAUAUAGAGUGUUGUUUCUCUUCUUCAAUUGCAAGAGUUCAAGAGGUGGUGUAAGGCACUUUGCUAUCCAAAAAUUAAACUGGACGGUAUUUUACAUCAACAAAGAAAUCGAAUGCGUAGAGCUUUUGAGUCAUUGGCUUACUAGAAAAUCCCUAAUCAGUAUUUAAUAGUUUAGUAAGUUUCGGUUUUGAUUUUUGUGCUUACUUGGCACAGUACCAUAUAAUUUGCCAUAUAGUUUCGUUAUUUAUUUUUAAAUGGUUAAGAUAGAUAGAAAUACCUAGUUAGUUUUACAAGAAUUGCAAAAAAGCUCUACUUUUAAGAAGUGUAGUAUAGAACAGUAAUUAUUUACACAAUAGUGCUUCUUUUUUAAUAACAGUUUACUUACGCGUCUUAUCGAGAUUGUUCGACCAGUUUUGCUCACGAACUGCCUCAGCUCAUGAUUAAUUAAGGAUUUAUCAGGAUCAGUUGGGGCAGAAAAAUACUAGUCGAAAAAUACGCGUGAGUACCGUUAUCAAAUAAUUAUUUACACAACGUUUCUAUAUUUACCGAUAUGUUGUCUUCUAAUGUAUCUAAGUAAAAUAGCAUGAUUCCUGUUAGAAAGUUGCAAAGUAUGCGUAAAUUAAAUAAAAGAAUCACGUUUUCUUUAAAGACCUAUUUACGUAAUGCGAAAAGGUUUUCGCGUAAAUGUGAAAAUAACUGUGUAUGUGUCAUUCAUGCUUUUGUACAAAUAUGCUAAUCCUAUUGAAAUGACAACUGUAUUGUUGUUCUAGUUCUCUGGUAACAGUCUUUUGUAACUUACAGGCUGUAUGAGAAAAGAAAAUUGUGUUUAAAUGACAUUCACAAAUACAUUAUGCUUUAGAAAAAUGAAUCUUACUAGGCAUAUGAGUGCUAUGAGCAACCUUUGCUACGCUUGCCUUAAAACAAUAGCUGUUCAUUCUCUGGUCAAAAAACACAAAAGCUUUGCAUAUUACUAAAAAAAGUAUACGUAUAAUAGUGCAUUUAAACAAGUGCACAUCGUACAAAUAUUUUACAAGUACAAAUUAUAAUCAGUAUUAUGAUACAAAAUUAAAAAGAACGCGUCAAUGGUUGGAUUUUCACAAAUGGUCGGGUAUUUCGGAUUUGGCCAGAACAUAUCAAAUUGGUAACGAAAUAUGUUCUUAAUAAAAUUAUCAACAAAAUUAAAAUUACUUAUUACCGUCAUCACUAACAUUAGGUGAACGUUGUACCUGUUUUACUUAUAAAAUAGUACCUGGAUUGUCUAGGGCCAUUUCAUAUCAGUCACACAUAAAGAUCAAAAAUGUUUGAGAAACUCUGUAAUAUAAAUAUGUGAGUAUAUUUAUAGAUGUCAUUAUUACCUAUUUAUAGUAUACAUAGAUGACAUCUUUAUUCGUUACGAUUUUGCUAAAUAUUUACCGGCAGCGUUUGAUUAGUCUAAAAUAUAAUAUCCAGUUAAACUAGGUUUAAUUGUAAAAUUAAAUUGUUACUAUAAAUAUAUGCUUAUUGUUGUAAAUGUAUAUCAAUCUCUUUGGCAGUGUUGUAUGUACCUGUACCUAUACUUCUUAUAUGUAAGUAAUACGCACGUCUUAUUAUGAACUAUUCGAUCUCAUAUUUUACACUUCCAAGAUAAAGAAUGAAUGUGAAAAGACAGCUUUUUUUCCGUGAUAAUGUUUGUUGAGUUACCUACUGGCAAAUAAAAAUCCUACUUAAUUUUCCGUUUAUUUUCAGACUACUUGCUUAAUUAGCUAAAGGAUCUAGACAGACGGACCGCAUUUCAACUGGAAUCAAACUGCAAAUUGCAGUCAGCGUGCGAUCGGAUUGAACGUUUGAUUUACAGUUCUAUUGCAGUCUGCUGCAUUCAAACUGCAAUUUACGGUUAGAUUACAGUUGAAAUGCCGUCCGCCAAUCUAGAGCCUAAAACAAAUAGUUGACUAGUAAUUUCACAUACGUUUUAAGGUCGCAAAAUAAUAUUAUAUUGUCAGUAGAAACAUUGUACAAAUUCGAGUAUUAUUAAAUUUGUUGGACGUUAAAUAGCAAGCAACUUAAUACGUAAAAUCAAUAUCAAAAGUGAAUGUUAAUUCUUAACAAACUUGUUUAAUAUAUUAGAUAUAUUUACACCCUAUAGAUAUACAGGCUCCCUUGUAAAAAGGUCCUUGAUAAUAUCAUAAACUAUAGAAUGUAAAAUAUGUUUACACUGUUUCGAUGCUUGACUGUAACGCAUACCGGUAAUCUAUAUUAUUAUUUGCCUAUCAAGAUGCGGUGGCGUGUCGAGCCAAGUUCAAGUAAAAGAUAUGACUUGUACACACGGAUUAGCCAAGUCAGACCUUAGGCUACAAUAUGUACAUUUUAAAAAUUUAUGAGAAGUAUUGGUAUUUAUGUUUUUAUAACAAAAAUUCAGGGCUGACAGUUGAACUUGGCAUCCAUUUAGGUUUGACAUCUUUCGUUGUUGAAAUCAGCAAUCAUGGCGUUAUAUGGUGUAAUACAUUAAGGUAGCUAAUAGUUAGGAUGGUGUUAGUGUCAAAGGAUGGAUGGAUUGGACAGCCAAUAACUAAUAUUCUUUUCAGCCUAAUUAAAGGCUCAAUUCCACUUUUUGUCAGAUCUAUCUCUUUUGUACUACAAAACAUUAGGUUAACGCUUAUUAAGACACUAAUGACACUCUUUUACAAAAAAGAUCGUUUCUAUGUAUUCUCUUUUAAUUGUACUUGACCGCAAAUUAUGUAUAUCUAGGUAAUAUUUAGAAUAAAAAUAAUGUUAUUGAGAAUAAAGUAAUAUACCUACCACUUAUGUAUAUGAGGCUACAGAAUAUUUUAAAUGUUUUAUUUUCGCAUAUUGUGAAUUGUUACGCGUACUGUGAUAAAUAUUGAUCUGCUUGUAUUAUAUUGUGUAAAUGUUGAUAAAAUUGAUGUAAUGAACUUAAUGUAUUGAGGAAUAGGAAUCAUAUCUAUUUAGAAAUAAAUGUACAAGCAUUCCAUAGUGUUUUAUUAAGUCGAUAGUAUUUUCCCUGGCUCUGUCCGCAUAUACACAAUAUCAACUUUCUGUGCUAUUUUGUUAGGGGUGGAAAGCUUAUGACAUAUCCAGGCAUGGCAGGGAAUGGCAUUGGUCUCUGUACCAAACCCGCUGUGUGCAACGUGUUGCGGGUUCGACCUCCAUGAAGAACAAGCGUUUAUGUGACCCAGGUAUGCCUUAAGCCUGGAAGUCUUGUGUAUGCGACUUGCCCCCCCCGCGACACAAAGAAUAGAAAUAAGUCGCGGGGUCGUUUAAAAAAAACGUGCGUAGUCAAUGUAAUUUCGUAAUUCAGCAUGUGUGUUGUUUAGGUUUAUUACAAACCUACAAAUAUUAUGUGUCCAUCAUGGGCCUAGCCUUUUCCCAACUAUAUUGGGGUCGGGUUCCAGUCAAGCCGAUUCCGUAAAGUAC